AAUACCUAUGAACACCUGGAUAGACCACAGGACUUAAAUGAAGAGUGAAAAUCAAACUGUGAAUCCAGAAUUUCAUUUCCAACCAUUCACAACCAUCCCAGAGAUGAAAUGGCUGAUCUUCUGGACUUUUCUGAUUCUCUACUUGCUCAGCCUACUUGGGAAUGUGUCCGUUGUUUUCAUCAUUUACACUGUAAGCUCUCUCCAUAUCCCAAUGUAUUUUUUCUUGGGUAACCUCGCAUUUCUGGAGAUCACCUACUCUACCACCAUUGCCCCCUUAACUUUGGCUAAUCUUGCUUCAGUGAGAAAGAUCUCCAUUUCUUUGGGUGGGUGUGGCACCCAGAUGUUUUGGUUUACCGUGCUGGGGGGCUCAGAUUGCCUCCUGCUGGCUAUCAUGGCUUAUGAUCGAUGUGUGGCAAUUUGCCGCCCACUAAGUUACCCUCUCAUUAUGACCUGGAGAAUGUGUAUGAGUCUUGUAGUUGGGAUAGUGGCCAUGUCUGGGACCUGUGCUUUAGUGUGGGGUCUCCUCAUCCUGACUCUGACUUUCUGUGGCAAUGAUAUGUCAAUCAGAAAUUUUUACUGUGAUUAUCCUGCUCUAAUGAAAGCGGCAUGUGGAGACACUCACGGCCAGCAACUUGGCCUUUAUAUUGCAAGUACUAUUUUCUUGGCUGUCCCCUUCACACUAAUCUUCAUGUCCUAUGUCAUCAUCACAAUGACCAUCCUACGCAUCCCUUCUGCCUUGGGGCGUCAACGAGCAUUCUCUACUUGUUCCUCCCAUAUAAUGGUUGUCCUUAUGCAGUAUAGCUGUAGUGGUUUAAUAUUCCUAUUCCCUGGUUCCUGGCUCUCUGCAGAGCAAGUUCGGGUGGUGUCUGUCUUCUACACUUUUGUCACCCCUGUAUUAAACCCUCUGAUUUAUAGCAUGAGGAACAAAGAGUUAAAAGAUGCAAUGAACAGGUCCUUCAGAAGAAUAAUGCUGCCUGAGAAGAAAUCAGACAAUGUUGUCGAUAAGACACUGUAA